UUGCCUUGGUUACAGCGUUCUAAAGAAGUUGUCUUCACUACCGGCGCAAUAAAGGAAGUGUUGAAAGCAAACCAAUCGGGGAAAACAUGGCUUCCUGUCAGGCUCCUGAGUUCCCCGCCGUCCUGGUGGCUCUGGAGCACCUGGAGGAGCUGAACAGGAGGCUCAGACAGGACGAACUCCCCUUCUCAGCUGAAUGCAGCGGCCACCUAACCGCCAUGGCGGCUGCUGUAUCCGAGCUGGACGCCUCUAGGCGAGCUGCCCGUGAGCACCUGGAAGUGGAAACCACAAAAAGCAGCAAUAUUAGGCUCCAGAUCAAAAACAUGUCAGAUCGUAUGAGUGAAGACAUCAUGGCAGACAGAGCAGCAGUCCGGGCAUCCAACGCCGAGGAGAUGGAGCAGCUGCGCAGAGACCUCGCUACUUCUUCCCAAAUCCAAAAGGAGUCUGAGAAGAAACUGCAGGAGCUGUUAGAACAAGACAAAGUGCUUCAAUUAAAGAGAGAUGAGGUGAAGGGUAUGCAUGAGGUGGCCAUUGCCACUCUGAAUGAUCAAAUGAGCCUCAGAUAUAGCAGACAGCAGGGCCUGGAGCAGAAGCUUGAGCAGAUAGAGGAGCUGAGGUCCUCCACUGCUGCUGCUAAGCAGGAGAAAGCAUCCGUCCUGCAAAAUAUGGCUCUGGCAAGGAGUGCUUUCUCUGAGGAACAAGAGAACUGGUGCAGAAAGGUGGAGGGGAUCGAAGGAGAGAUUAGGCAGCAGAGAAAUGUAAUUAGUAGGAUCAGACGGGAGUUAGAAGAGGUUAAUGGGAGGAAAGAUGAAACAGACAGCUGUCUAAAGGAGUUCAGCGUUCAGAUGGUGCAACUGGAGAGCAACCUGGAAAGAUUGAAGGCAUCCAGGUCCUACUGUGAGCAUCAACUACAGGAAGAAGCCAGUCGGUUUCAAGAACUGGGCCGACAGAUGGAGAUGCUGCAGAAGGAGCGUGACGAGUUAGAGGAUGCUCUCAGCCUCAAGGUCCAAAAGCUCCGAGAGCAAAUCAGAGCAGUAGAAGUUAAACUACAGGAGGGUCAAUCUUCUGGACUGCUCCUCAAAGACCGUUUGGACCAGAUCAGUAAAGUAUUCAGGUGCCGGAUUGAAAAAGAAAAGGAGGUCCGGGCUGAUUAUCUAUGUGUCUCUCUCCAGCUAGAGCGCUCUGGUUUGCAGCUGGAGGAGCGUAUCACCUCUAAUAUCAGACACAGCAGUGAGAUCAUGGAGAUGGAGAGGCAGAUCCAAGAGCUCCAGGAAGACGGCAAGAUUAAGAGGCGUGUGUUCGAGUCCAGGAUGGAGGAACUGCACAAUGAUCUGGAUGCGGUGAAGUCUGACAUCGGCCAUAUUAAAGAGGAAAUCAAGGAGGCCAGUGUUCUCCUGAAGGAGGAAAAGAUAAGGCAGGAGGAGUAUGAGAUGAGAAUGACCUCUGAUAUCUGCAACACCAGGGAGAGGUAUGAGAAGCUGCUGAAGGAGGAGGCGACCCUUCUUCAGCUGCACCCUCAAAGUGCAGAGCCUGACUUUUUCAUUGAGCUGAGGGCUCAAAAUGACAAGGAGCUGAAAGAGAUCCAGAACAUCCACCAGGAGGAGGUGGAGCAGAUCGCUGCAGAGACUGAGAAGAUCUAUAGGAGCAUAGAAGAGAAGCAGAAGGAGCAGGAUGAGCGGGAAAAGAUGCUGGAACAGGUUGAGGCAAAGUGGAGCAAAGUGAAAAAAAGGCAUGACGAACUGAGUGAUCUCAACACUGAGCUGAACCGGAGGAGAUCCGAGCUGCAGUUGUCCAUCCAGGACACAGAGGAGCAAACUAGAAUCCUGCUGAAGCCAAGGGAUAACAUGAAGGCUGAACUGGAGGAUCUGCUAGAGUCCUUCACAGACAUGCUGAGCUACCAGAACAGAGAGCUUAGAGCCGUGGAGGAGAGCAUCUAUAAACACAAAGUGAUGCUGGAGCAGGUCAAAACCCAGAACAGCAGAAUCCAUCUUUGUUCCAGGCAGCUGGUAGAGGAUCUCAGUACCUGCAGGCAGGAGACAGAAAGGUACCAAGAGGAGGUCCAGGAGUUCAACCUUAAGGCAAAAGCCUUGCUACAAGAAUUAGAGGGAGCAUGGAAACGAGACGUAUCUAUAAUUAAAGACGGCGAGAGGAGUGAUGACGUCCUGUUGGUGUCUAUGAAUUCACUGCUGAACCAGCUGAAGAACAGGAACCAGCAGCUGAUGAGUGUCGGCACACUCCUUCACCAGGUGAUGGUGGAGUUUAGCAGACGGCUGGGAGAUAAGGCAGGAGACAGGCAGCAUGAAUAAAAGUAUCAAUCAGAAAUAAAACAUCAAUUAAUUUAGGAUUUGAAUAAUUGUUAA